AUGUUAAAUAGUGUUUCUUUUAUAAAAACACCAGUUGCUGAGAAACAACCUCCAGCUAGUGAUGCUUGUGGUGUUUUAACAAGUGAUUCACCAACAAUUCAUAAUGCCCCUUUACCUGCUGAUGGUCCUGGUUCAGCUUCAUUUUCAAAUACUAUUUUAUUGAGUUUAUUAACUAUAAUUCCUGCUUAUUUAACUUACAAAAUUGGUUUAGGUUUUAAAACUUGGGUUAUUUUAUUUAUAAUAUUUGCAGUUCCAAUUUUAAUGGUUUAUUGGACUAUAAUGUCAACAUUUUCACCAAGAAUUAAUGAAAAAGUUAAAUAUCCAAAUAGACCAAUUAGUUAUUAUUUAGAAUAUCAUACUCCUGAAUUAAAAGCUAAAUAUGAAACUAGUAACAAUGGUCAAGGUAAAAAAAUUCCAAUUGAAACUUUUCAAGAAUUAUAUUUUGAUGGUAAAGUUUCAUUUAAAGGUGAUUGUUUAGAUGUUAUGGAAUACAAACAUGAUUGGGCAAAUUUUAGAUUUACUUUGGGAUUAUUUAGAUUUUUCUUAUUAGGUAUGAUUCCUGAAAUUAUUUUCCAUUCACAAUCUCAAGAUGAAGAACAAGUUAGAGAUCAUUAUGAUAGAGGUGAUGAUUUUUAUACUUGGUUUUUAGGUCCAAGAAUGGUUUAUACAUCCGGUGUUAUUGGUGAUAAUACAAAAGAAGAAACUUUAGAAGAAUUACAAGAUAAUAAAUUAACUGUUAUGGCUGAUAAAAUUGAUUUGAAAAAAGGUGAUUAUGUUUUAGAUAUUGGUUGUGGUUGGGGUACAUGGGCUACAAUUGCUUCUUCAAAAUAUGGUGCUAAUGUCACUGGUAUAACUUUGGGUAAAAAUCAAACUAAAUGGGGUAAUACAUUACUUGAAGAAUAUGGUGUUUCAAAAGAACAAUCGAGAAUUGUUUGUUGUGAUUAUAGAGACGCUCCAAAAUCUGGUAAAGCCAAUGGUAAAUAUGAUAAAAUUACAUCAGUUGAAAUGGCUGAACAUGUUGGUAUUAGAAGAUUAACUGCUUAUUUACAACAAUGUUUUGAUGCUUUAGAAGAUGAUGGUUUAUUCUUUUUACAAUAUUCGGGUUUAAGAAAAAAUUGGCAAUAUGAAGAUUUAGAAUGGGGAUUAUUUAUGAAUAAAUAUAUUUUCCCAGGUGCUGAUGCUUCUACUCCAUUAAGUUUUGUUGCUUCAUGUAUGGAAUCAGUUGGAUUUGAAAUUGUUUCAGUUGAUAAUAUUGGUGUUCAUUAUUCAGCUACUUUAUGGAGAUGGUAUAGAAAUUGGAUUGGUAAUAAAGAUAAAGUUGUUGGUAAAUAUGGUAUUAAAUGGUAUAGAAUUUGGGAAUUCUUUUUAGGUUCAUCAGUUGUUGCAAGUAGAAAUGGUACUGCUACAUGUUAUCAAUUUGUUUUAAGAAAAAAUAUUAAUUCAUAUAGAAGAAUUGAUUAUACACCAAAACAAAAAGGUUUAUUAGGACCAUUACAACAAGGUACUAAAUGGGCUAAAGAAUUUAAUAACUAUUAUUAA